GCGGGCCUGCGGACGGCGGCGAGUGCGGUGGCGAAAUGGGGACAUAAAAAUGAAUAUAUGAAAUGACCUGCUCAUAGCAGCACAGUGAGUCAGUGACCCCUUAAGAUUCAGAUAUGUCCUUCAUAUUUGAUUGGAUUUACAGUGGUUUCAGUAGCGUCCUACAGUUUUUAGGAUUGUACAAGAAAUCGGGUAAACUAGUAUUUCUUGGCUUGGACAAUGCAGGGAAAACCACAUUACUGCACAUGCUUAAAGAUGACAGAUUGGGACAACAUGUCCCUACACUACAUCCCACUUCAGAAGAGCUGACGAUUGCUGGUAUGACUUUUACUACUUUUGAUCUGGGUGGACAUACUCAAGCUCGCAGAGUGUGGAAAAAUUAUCUGCCCGCCAUCAAUGGUAUUGUGUUUCUUGUGGACUGUGCAGAUCUUGAAAGAUUGGCUGAAUCAAAAGAAGAACUUGAUUUAUUAAUGACAGAUGAAACUGUUGCUAAUGUGCCUAUCCUAAUUCUUGGUAACAAAAUUGACAGACCUGAAGCCAUCAGCGAAGAGAGGUUACGAGAGAUGUUUGGUUUGUAUGGCCAAACAACAGGAAAGGGCAAUGUACCAUUGAAAGAAUUGAACACUAGACCUCUAGAAGUCUUUAUGUGCAGUGUGCUAAAGAGACAAGGCUAUGGAGAAGGAUUCCGCUGGAUGGCACAGUACAUUGAUUAAUGCCAAAAUCCCAUUUGUACAUUCUGUCCCAAGUCUGAAUAUUCAGUCUUUUCCUUAUUUGAUCACUCAGUGUACAUAACUUAAACUCAGUAGACUAUGUUUGGUUAUAAAAGCAUAUGUUUUUAGAUUAUUAUAUCAACUGCUAAAUUGUAAGUGUGUGGAUUGAAAACUGAUUUCAAACAAGAUUGUAAAUUUAAAUAUUACAUGUUGGCUUUCUAAUCCCAUAAAACAAUGUUCUUUUGCAGCUUAUAACAUGACAGUUGUCUUCAAGCACCAUUUUUUGAGAGUGACUUUCCAGUAUAGUAUGUUUGAAUGCACUUUUUAACAGCUAAAAACUACAGACAUGUGAACAAUAUUUAAUGCUUAUCAUGUUAAUUUUUUUUAUGUACUUUUUUGAAACUGGUUUUAUAAAAUUUAGAAUAUAUAACCAUCUCUCAAGGAACAAUAAAUAAUUAGCUUAUUGAUAAUUGCAUGAUGCCUUACAGUUUUCAAUAAUAUACUUUCUUAUGCAACGUCAUGCAAUAAAUCUAAAUCAAUUCUGGUAUCUUUAAUGGGAUAUGUUUCGUUUUAAUGUGUCUUAACCCGUGAGGCCGUCUGAAGUUCUGAACAUAUGAGUUACCUUUCUUAAAGCUUAGAAGGCCUCAAGGUAGCUUGAGUGUAGAUAAUCAUAAGUUUUCACACAACUUAAUUGCAUUUAUGUUAGAGUUUUCCAUCAAUAGAGGAAGAAUCUAAUUCUGUUUCCCUUAACUACUAAUCUGUAAUUAAAGACACAAAUUAAUCAACCGGUGCCAAUACAGUUCUUGUGCUAAUUGCAAAAGUACUCCUGUUUUCUUGAUUUUUCUGAAUUAAAUGAACCUUUAAUUGGCACAAGAAUUUAAAGUUUCUUUGAAGAAACAGAAGACAAUAUUGCAUGAAAUCUUCUGUUCUAAGUUAAAUAGACUUUGGGUUUGCUAGAGUAGUUGCUUCUGAAUGACGAUCAGUUACUAAAACGGUUUUUGCUGGUGGUUUUUUUGGAAACUUCUGUCAUCCCCACACCCAGCUGGAUGACGGUUUAGCCUUGAUUUUAAUUUUCAUGUUCAGCAUUAGCCUUCAUUGUGAUGAGGUGUGUUAUCUUGUACAGUGUUGCCAUGUAGGAAAACUGUUCGGUAUGUCUUGGAAGCUGCGUUGGCUUAUUCCUUGGGUAAAGUUUCGAUAUCACUAAUAUUUGUGAUCAGACCCGGAUAACAGUUCUUUUCCCUUUCUUCUGCAUGCACUAGGAAGGAAGGAGAAUAUUUUCUAAGACGGAAGUGUUGGAGCACUUGUGUAUCAACUUCUUGUUGCUAUUUGUUGAUACUCACUUGGGAAUUGUGGUUUGCUUUUCUGUAUGCUUUAGGAUGGUGGGGAUUUUAGGUAGGUGGGAAAAGGGCUGAACUGUAGACUUCAAACUUGGAGCCAGUCAUCUUUGUGGUGGUGUUGGUCACUGGAGGUUUUUGCCCAUGAGAGGACAGAUGCACGGUUCUUAGUGUUUAAAGCUUAUUUGCAAAAAAAAAAAAAAAAAUGGGAUUGCUGUACUAAUGAUUAAUGGGUCUUGUCCAAAAUGUAUCUAAAAGCUGUGGUUCAGUAUUCACGGUAGAACCUUGGUGGUUGUUAUAUCUGGAAUACCUCUUUCUUCUUUUCUCGUUAUAUUUGGUCUUCCUUUUGGAUAUAGGGCUCAAAGGUCUGGAGUAUGUAGAUGGGACCUACUACUUGCCCCGAUCUGAGAUUGAAAGAUUGAGCAUUGGUAAUCAAGUCUCCACAGUCCGGAAUUUGCAUAUAAAUAAUGAGAGUAACUUAAAACUUUGCAAAUAACGUCUGUAACUGAACAUUUGCUAUUAUGAAGAUCCUUAGUUUGUACAUGGUGAGGUCGAAGCAACAAGCGAAGGUAGCAGAUAGCUGAUGGAAGUCACCAAUGUUUGGCUGUCAUUAUGGCUACAUAAUAUAAAUUUAACCUAAUAAUCUACUGCAAAACAGUGAGUCAGGGUUACAUAAACCAAGCCUUUAGCUAAGAAAUGGUCUUGUAUUAGUGUGGGGAUAUUAUGAAAGUCCUUGCUAUCUAUCUACCAUGGUUAUAUUUUGAAGACAUGCCUUUUUCAGACAUUUCUGAUGACAGCUAAAUCAAUGGAUAGUGUAAAUAUUAAAGAUAAUUCUUGCAGGCAUGGCGUACUGCUGAAAUGGGAGUCUUGGGUUGUCUGUGCUAAUGGAAGUGAAGCUGGUAUUAGAGAGGAUCUGUUUCCUUCACAUCAUAGUAGGGCAUGCUUGCAGGUCACCUCUACUGGCUGAUCCAUUAGGUGGGUAUUGAAACGGUUUGGGUGCCCUUCAGCUUCUGUUUCAAGCCAAAGUGAAUGACCUUGGCAGCAAAGGAAAGAGGAAGGUAGUACGCUAUGUCAAAAUGGAGGUGGUAAUGCUAUAAACAUACACAUCAAGAGUAAUUUUUAGCGUUUUGAGGAUAUGCAGAUUUCAUGUUUCAUGCUGUAAGAUGCUAGUUUUAAAUGUGGUUGUGAUAAGGAUAUGCAAGGCAUUCAGAUCUUUUAUCUGUCCUCCUGGAGAUAUUGCACAGUCCCUAUCAUUGCACUAUCCAGGCACCACUCAAACAUUUACAUUUUAGAAAUAACACUUUCUUCUAGCCUAUAGGAGAGAACUCUGUGUUAAUUAACAGGGCUUAUUUGUUUUUGAUUGAAUGUGAAUCUGCUCUUUGUGUGUGAAGAAAUUACAGAGGGGAAGAUAAGUCAAUGAACUGCAUUUUUAAAUGAUUUCUGGAAGUUGUUAGUUCCUAAUAAGGCUAGCUUAUGGUCACUGUUACUUUUAGGGGUAAGAUUUCCAGUGCCUAGUCCCAGCUCCUGUGAAAGUUUUCAGUCUUGGAUUCAUGAAUUCUGUAUGCCUCAAAGAGAAGAAAUCUGUGGAAGACCGUGGUCACCACCGUCCUGUUUGGAUAUGGUACCUAGAGAGAUACUCAUGAGCGUCCAGUUCUUCAGUCUUCAAUUUUAACAUCCCAGUAAGGUAGAAUGUGAGAGGAAAAACAAAACUAAUCAAUGACAAUACUGUGUUUAUGAAGCGUCUCCAAUCUGUUUUUAUAUCACAAUAGUUUAUUAAGGUAUGUGAACACAAACUCCGUAUGUUUCAGUGACUGCUGCUGAGAAUAUGGCCUGUAUGUUGCAAUUCCUUAAUAUAUUUUCAUUUGUGAACUGUCUAAGAUGUAUUUUUCUUGGCUAGAGUAUAACCUUUGGGUUUGGGGUGUACUGUAUCAUCCCAAGAUGUGAGGCAUAAUUGCACCCCUUUCCUGGUCCGCUGAAUGAUGUUUAGCAUGAAGACUAAGUCUUUCACUUCUCCCACUUCUGGAAUUCUGUUAAGUCCAUCUUCUGCACCCUCCUGCCAGCACUGGAACAAUCCCUAAAGUAUAUUCUCCAGUGCUAUUCAGGUAUUCUCCGUGACGUGCCAAAGAUAAUAUAUGGCAUCCAUUGGAAUAUGAUACCUGCAUGUAUGUGAAUUUUACUGAGAUAUAUAUCUAUGCCAUAUUGUAUUUUAAUAAUCAGAGAUUAACAUAAGAGAUUUUACAUCAACUUAUUUAUGUCCUGAGUCAGCUCAGCAAAAUGAAAGGUGCUUGUAAAGUUUUAAGCAAAGUAAAUUUGCAAAUAUGCUUAUAGCAGGAAAUACUCUGUUCUCUUCUUACUGUACCUUAAAAGAAUUGGAUGUUGCCAUCCAAAUUCCCAUUUUUCCACAAACUGACUCCUGCUCAGAUUUAGCGUAAAUAGUAAGAAACAACAAAAGCCACUGGCUCACAAUGGAAAGACAUAACUCCUUGCUAACAUAUUUGCACUUAGAUAAACCACUUUUUGCACUAGUAUCUUGGUGUGGAGUUGAACAUUUUCUGUUCUGGGAUUGUGAGUGCUGUACAUGUGUAAAAACAUAAUUUAUAUAAUGGACUUUCAGUUUCUGUAUUUCUGCAGAAGAAUCGUUAUAGAUGAAAAUGUUCCUAAACAGUUAAUGUGGUAUUUUUUUGUUACUGUUCUGUUUUCCCAUCACAUGCUUUAAAUUUAAAUGUCAGGAAUAGCAAAAUAAAAUUCUGAUCUGAACUUUGAA